CCCGGGCACUGGGCUAUUAAAUGUGAAGGAGGAGGAUGAGAAAGAUGACAUGAAUGGUCAUCAGACUGAAAUUAAUUGCUCCCUCCCUGCCGAUGAAGAUAACCCUGAUAUAGUGAAAGUGGAGAUAACAGAAGAUAUGUGUGUGAGUCGUCAACUGGAAGCCCCGGAUGAGGAAACCAGUGACAAUAUCAGCCCAGGCCGCAUGGAUGUGACACCUGCAGAGGGCUCAGCGGUUGAGCACAGAGGAGAACCGUAUGUGCUUGAUCACGUGAAGACUGAGGGGGAUGAAGUUCCUAUAAAUACGGCUACAGGUGAUGUUAAGACUGAAGUUACACCUAAUACAGAACAAACAAAUGAUCUGUAUGUAAAGAGGCAGCAGGAAGCUGUGAAGCAGGAAAUCGGUGACAAUAUCAGUACAGGUGAAUUCACAAACUGCAGUAAUCCUAUUGAUGAGCAGACUGCAAAUGAUUUGUCCAUUUUUCCCCAAAAUCAAAGAAGCCAAGUAGGAAAUUCAUGUUCUGAAUGUGGGAAAUGUUUCACAAAGAAAUCAUAUCUUUUUGAGCAUCUGAAAAUUCACACAGGUGAAAAAGCAUUUUCAAGUUCUAACUGUGGACAUUUUUUUACUCUGGAAUCUGAUAUCACAAGGCAUCACAAAAUUCACACAAGGGAAAAAGCAUUUUCAUGUUCUGACUGUGGGAAAUGUUUUACUCAGAAAUCACAUCUUAUCACGCAUCACAAAAUUCAUACAGGAGAAAAAGCGUUUUCAUGCUCUGAAUGUGGGAAAUGUUUUACUCUGAAAUCACAUCUGAUUACACAUCACACUGUUCACACAGGAGAAAAACCAUUUUCAUGUUCUGACUGUGGGAAAUGUUUUACUUGGAAAUCACAUCUUAUUAAGCAUCUGAAAAUUCAUACAAAAGAAAAACCAUUUUCAUGUUCUGAAUGUGGGAAAUGUUUUAUUCAGAAAUGGCAUCUUAUUAGGCAUCACAAAAUUCACACAGGUGAAAAAGCAUUUUCAUGUUCUGAAUGUGGAAAAUGUUUUAUUCAGAAUUCAGAUCUCAUUAAGCAUCUCAAAAUUCACACAGGCGAAAAAGCAUUUUCAUGUUCUGACUGUGGGAAGUGUUUUACUCUGAAAUCACAUCUUAUUAAGCAUCUCAAAAUUCACACAGGCAAAAAAGCAUUUUCAUGAUCUGAUUGAGGAAAGUGUUUUACUCUAUCACAUCUUAUAAGCCAUCAGAAAAUUCACACAGUAGAGAAAUGAUUUCUUUCUAACAGGUGGUGAGAGUACACAAUCCAUUAUUCCUGGGAAUUAGUCUUCCCUUCCAGUAGGAGGCAAAGAUUCCCAAACCCCAAGAGCUCUAUAAAACCGCUCAUGUCAUAAUAGGGUUGCCCGUGGUAUCUGGGUUUAUUUGCCAGUAUUCUGCUAAUUAUCUCAAAAUUGAGUCUCUUAUUAUUGGCUCUUUUAAGAAAGUUGGAGCAUGUGUCCAUUGUUUAGUUGAUUUGUUGGGUAUUAUUCCCUGUAACGUAGUUAAAAGAAUUGAGUGGUCUGACCACACACAUGGGUGGAUGGAGGAGGAGAUCAGGCUAGACACAAGGAUGUGGCUCAAGAGUAUAUGGUCUAAUGUUGAAUAGCUUUUGUGUGCUGCUGAAUAGAAUGUGUAGCCUUUAGUGUCCAUAUAGAGUAUUGUCCAUGUUUCCAUUAAAUUAUGUCCCCUUAGAGUUUCUGAGAGAGCUUUAAUUUUGUUGUUGCGUCUUUGAGAGGUUGUUAGGAUUUCCCCUGUGGUGUUGCAUCUAGGGUGUAAUGGAGUAUUAAAAUUGCCUGUUAGGAUUGUUCUUAUAUGUGUCCAGCUAGUAAGUAAGGGGGAGAGGCAACAGAAAAAUUUGUGCUGUUUCUAAUUUGGUGCAUAAAUGUUGCAAAAGAUCAUUUAAAUAUCAUACAUCGCAUAGGGCUAAUAGCACCCGUUACUUAGUGGUGAAACUUGUAUGUCUGAAACAAGGUUGUAGUUUCCUGGUUAUUUUUUAUGCUUCUUCUUUGGAUGUCCAGUUGGAUUUCUGAGUCCUGCAAGGGCAGCAGAUUUUGUUGAGAAGGUAUGGUUGGAAGGCAGGAAUGUCUACUCCCAAGGUCUGACAUAAAUUCAGUAUUUCGCUCACUUCUUUAAUGGUGUAGGAUUUACCGACUCUAUGGCUAUACCGCCAAAAAAUUGGCCAUUGCGCAUGGAAUGGCCAGUGAUGCAUAUUACGAGUCGCAGCAGUAUAGCUAUACCGUAAGCAUUUGACUGUAAUGCAACAUCCUUUCCGCAUUUUAAAAAAAAAUGUUUGAGUGCGGGUUUUUCUAGAGCACCGUAUUACAGGUUGUGCGGUCAGGCUAAAAUGCUUGCGUUACAGCCUAUACCGACACAAUCUAUUCUGCGAUCUGAGAGCAGUAGUUAUGGAUAUUGUGUAACAAAAAUGUUUCACAAAACGCAUAACUAAAAUGUUACAAAGUACACUAACACCCAUAAACUACCUAUUAUCACCUAAACCACCGCCCUCCUGCAUCACAAACACUAUAUUAAACUUAUUAACCCGUAAUCUGCCCACCCACCCACAUUGCGACUAUUAAAUAAACCUAUUAGCCCCUAAUCCGCCGCCGCCCCUCGAUAUCGCCGACCACUAAAUAAACCUAUUAACCCCUAAAACGCCGGCUCCCCUCAUCGCCAACACUAUAAUAAAGUAUUAACCCCUAAACACCCAGCCCCCCACAUGGUAACUACUAAACCUAUUAACCCCUAAACAGCUGUCCCACACAUCGCAAAACACUAAAUGAGACUAUUAACCCCUAAACCUAACACCCCCUAACUUUAAAUUAAAAUUACAAUUUAACUAUCUUUAAAUACAUAAAAAACCUAACACUACAAAAAAAUUAAAAACAUAAAUUACAAAUUAAAAAAAAACUAAUAUGAAAAUUUUUAAAAAAUCCAACAUUAUAAAAAAAAUAAACACUAAGAAUACAAAAAAUAAACGAAAUUAUCAAAAAUAAAAACAAUUACACCUACUCUAAUAGCCCUAUAAAAAUGAAAAAGCCCCCCUAACCUACAUUAAACUACCAAUAGCCAUUAAAAGGGCCUUUUGUAAGGCAUUGCCCUAAGUUAAACAACUCUUUUACCUAGAAAAAAAUACAAGUUCCCCCAACAGUAAAGCCCAGCACCCAUCCAACCCUCCAAAAUAAAAACCUUACUCUAAAAAGCUACCCAUUUGUAUGGACAUUGCCCUUUAAAAGGGCAUUCAGUUCUUUUACACUGCCCAUCAAAGCCCUAAUCUAAAAAAACAAAACAACGAAAUAAAAAAGAAACCUAACACUAACCCCAGAAUAUCUACUCACGGUUCCUGAAGUCUAGACAUCCAUCUCCAUCCUGGCGGCGACAUCUUCAUCUAUCGCGGGGGUGUCUUCUAUCUUCAUCCCUGCGAUGCAGAGCCAUCCUGGACAGCGAUGACAUCCUGCACGGAGCGUCCUCUUCAUACGAUCACUGCCGUACGCUGAAGUUGAAUGCAAGGUACCCGUUUCAAAAUGGUGUACCUUGCAUUCCUAUUGGCUGAUUUGAUUUUUCAAAUUAGCCAAUAGGAUGAGCGCUACUAGACUCCUAUUGGCUGAUUUGAACAGCCAAUAGGAUUUCUACUGAUGUGGGGGACCGGCAGCUUAGGGGUUAAUCAUUUUAUUUAGUGUUGGUGAUGUCAGGGGGUGGCGGAUUAGGGGUGAAUAACUUUAUUAAUUUAUUUAAUUGAAAUGUAGUGGUACAUUUUUAUUAUCUAGCAUUAUCAGUGCAUACUUCAAUACUCUGUUUCAUUGCAAAUGUUAUUUUGCAACUAAAGCAACUUUCUCUUACGGCUAAAUCAAGAGAUAAGUUGUCUCAGGGUGGAUUGUUUUAUUUUAAGCACAUACUGUUAUACUCAAACAUUAAUAUGCUCUAUUUCAGAAUCACUUCUAAGUAUAGACACCCUUUAAUAAUUACAGAUUAAUAGUAUUAAAAGGGUCCAUAAAAUAUAUAUAUA